AUGUCCAACGAUCCCUCCUUGGUACGCAGAAGAGUGACUACGGGAGCCACGCCCAGUAGUUUCCCCAACAAUCUACCCACGUUUCAUGAAGCCAGUUACAAUCCUUUACCGACCUCACCUCCUCCUAUCCCCAGCAAACGUGCCUCCAGUCUUCACGGCAGUUUCCUCAGCGAAAAGAAGUAUGUCAAGACCGAUGUCCUUUAUCCUCGCUUCAAUGCUAGUCAAGAUGACCAAGUAGAUAUUGCUGCAUUUGAACGCAUGGUUCAGAACCACACCCGCAAAUUAUCCACCACAGGCACCAUCCCACUCGCAAGGACACCCAGUCGCCAAAACCAGUUAUACGGUCAGUCCAAAUACGGCGAUUUAAUGCCGACAGGUGUCCGCUUCAAUAUCUAUUCUUCGCAAAAGUAUGCCACUGUCUCUACAGGCUUGGAGCAGUUAUUGACUGAACAUGGACAGAAGGCGCUAGAAUCAGUUGUUACCUCCAAGGGAUGGUGGUUGGAUGUCCUAUCUCCCUCUGCCGAAGAGAUGCGAAUUUUGAGCAAAACAUUUCGGAUUCAUCCGCUAACCACAGAAGACAUUCAAGCUCAGGAACCUCGUGAAAAAGUAGAACUAUUCCCGAACUAUACAUUUGUAUGCUUUCGAGCUUUUGAUAUCGAUCAUGUGUCCGACCAAAUCAAGCCCUUUAACUUUUAUACCUUGAUCUUUAAGGAAGGCCUUUUAACCUUUCGUUAUAAAAAAUCGCAUCAUUGUGACACAGUACGUGAUAGAACAGAUCAAUUGAAAGAGUUUAUGAUGAUUACACCCGACUGGAUGAAUUAUGCACUGAUUGAUGCGGUCACGGAUAGUUUUGCUCCCAUCAUCUUGCAAGUAGAGAUUGAAGCAGUCUCGAUUGACGAGCUCUCGUUGGUCCUGACAAAAUCUGAGCAAGGAGACAUGUUGCGCCGAAUCAGUCGAUGUCGCAAGAAAUCCACUCAACUCUCUCGUUUAUUGGGUUCCAAGUUAGAUGUGAUCAAGAGUCUAAUGAAGCGUUACGAGGAUAAAUCACGCGAGUUCGCAUUGAUCGAACAACAAUCGUUUCCACAACAGGUGAAUCAUGCGUUACUGAAUGCGAACCAUCAAACGAAAAAAGCAAACUCGAGAAUCCAUACCUCCUCCAAUACGCCACUGCAUAACGCCAUGGAAGAAAAGAAGGCAUUUAACGAUGUCUUGUUGUAUUUAGGCGAUAUCCAAGAUCACGUAGUGACGAUGGUACAGAAUAUCAAUCAUUAUGAUCGCAUUUUGCAUCGUGCGCAUACGAAUUAUCUUGCCCAAGUGAAUCUCGAGUUGACACAGACGUAUAAUAUGACGAAUAAUGUCAUGAAUCGGUUGACUUUCUUGGCUACGGUAUUUAUCCCAUUGACGCUGGUGGGUGGUUUGUGGGGUAUGAAUGUCAAGGUACCCGGCAAAGAUUUUGUGGAUACCGUUUACUUCUUUUGGAUCUUGGGUGGUAUGGCCGUGUAUUGUACCUUUUGUCUGGUCUUUGGCAAACGUGUAGGUUUACUUUGAAAGGUGUGGCUUAUUUACAAGUCACAACUUUGGCCUAGUGCGGGAGCCCUUAAUGAAAUCCCAGAUAAAAAAAAUAAAAUAAAAAUUGUUUCCUUUUUUUUUUUUUCUUUAUAUACAUUGAAUCGAAAAUGGCUGAAUCUGUACAAUAUUACCUCGAGCGCAUGAUCCCAGAGCUCGAAGCUCUUGAAAAAAAGAAUAUUUUUACUCCCGUAGGCAUUUUUUGUUUUGUUUUUAAUGUUAAAAAGCUAAUGACUGACAGGUGAGCUCUUUCUUAGGUUGAAAUCAAGUCGAUUAUUAAAAAGAGAACGAAUUUCGAGUAUGCAUUACAACGUCGUAUCAAACAAAAAAUUGAUUUCUUGCGAUGCAUAGAGUAUGAAAUUAAUUUGGAAGAUCUUCGUCAAAAGCGAAUUGUGCGUUUAGGU